GUUGUUAACAUGUCCAGGUUCGUGCAAUUGCUCGCCGUUUUUGCGGCUUUCCUUUCAUGCAACUCUGCUGAAAUACCAAGUUACCUAACAACAUGCAGCAGAUCAGAUCCCAAUUUUCAGAAAUGUUGUUUGGAAUCUGGACGUAGAGCAAUUCCACAAUUAGCUAAAGGUGAUAAAAGAUUGAAAUUAAGAGUAUUGGAACCUUUAGCCAUACCCGAAAUUCGCAUCGAUACUAGUGGUAACUUAAAGUUGACACUUACUGACGUUAUCCUCUAUGGAUUAGGAAAUAUGCAACUAAGAAAAAUGAAUUUCGAUCUUGAGAAGCAGACUAUAUCAUUGGAUAUGCACAACGAUAACAUCCAAGUUAUUGGUGAUUACACAAUCGAUGGAAGGAUUUUAAUUUUGCCAAUCACAGGAAACGGAAAAAUUAACGUCACAAUGGUUAAUGGAGCUAUUGGAUACAGUUUCCAAUAUGAUAUUAUCCAGAAAAACGGUGUUGAAUACAUAAAAGCACUUGAACCUGAUGUAACUUUGGUAUCAGAACGCACUUAUUACAAAUUGGAUAACUUGUUCAACGGUGAUAAACGACUUGGUGAGGAAAUGAACAAAUUCUUGAAUGAGAACCACAAAGAGAUGUCCAAAGAAUUGAAUCCCAGUAUCACUGAAACGAUUUCAGCAAUUGCAACUGAAAUCGUUGAAAACGUUUUAAAUGUAAUUCCUUAUCACGAACUUGUACGUCCAUGAAAAUAGACAACAUUGAUAUUUACAAUAUUAUUUUAAAUGUAUUCUACUCCUUUUACAUCAUAGACGUAUUUACAGUUGUAUGUAUAUAAGUAUUUUCUAUUAAAUAUUAGAUAAAAUUUAA